GUGCUUACAUAUUCAUUUCGUAUAAAUAUGCAUAAAUGUGUGAUAUUUGUUCGUAUUGAGUACGUAUAGAUAUAUUACGUAUGCAUAUUGGUUUUAUAACGUCUUCCGAUAUCCAUAUACUUGUGGUGCGCAAGCAGAUUUUAUAUACAAGUAUAUACAGUUUAACGCCGAACGGCAGUUUUUCGUGGCAAAGAUGCUCUCUCGAUGGAUUGCCAGUACAUGGAAGAGGAGACACGAGCAUAUGAAAAUAUUUUGCUUUUACCGAGAGGCGGGAAUUCUAGUAGAUAACAGACGCUCGCGCUCUAGAUGUGUUAUAUUCCCAAAAAAUAAUUGGUAGAAUAAAAAAGAUUUUUCCCGUUGCCACUCACUCCCACACAUACAUCUCGUCCAAGUUGGUCGAAAAAUUCACAACGUAAGAUCAUCGUAAAUUUUGUCUAUGGUAAAUCGAUUCCGAUCGUUAGAUACUUGCAAUUGAAUAAUGUCGUUAGUAUAAAAAAAAAAAAAAUGGACGAAAUGUCCGUUUGGUGCAAGGUCGAAGAAACUGGUACGCCGGCCUGUACGCAGCGGGUCUGUGUGAGACUCUGCGCAAUGUGGGUCGUCGUCUAACUGUUCUACGUACCGUUUCUCCGUCCCUGACUCCGUACCUUUCAGCAGCAACAAACGGUCUCCUAUACGAUGAUGUACAUAUCCUGGUUACGAGCCUGCGAGUGACUUUUUGUCCACCAAGAUUAGCGGGGGCUUAUUAAAGUUUGUACAUCGAAUCGUCAAGUUUGAUCGAUCGACGGACAUGUAAAUAACUUGAAGUGUUCUAAGAAAUCUCGAACGAGGCCGCAUAGUCGAUAUUAUCUGCGAUACUAUCUUCUGGCUAUUUAAUCAAGGCACCGCGUAUGUAAGAAAUGUGGCAAUGCUUAUGGAUGCUUUUCGUUCUUCUGGCAUGUGUGUCAGGCGAGAAUCAAAUGAUGGGUGGCCACCUGGACAAUAAUGCAAAGUCAGGAAAGAAUUCCUCCGCGUUAGGACGUAAAAGACAUGUGGACGACCUUGACCCGGAUCUCGUGGCGGAGGAGAGCACGGUCGCGUCUUCAACUGACAACGACGUUCCACCGCGUUACCAUAUCCCGUAUCCUUUCGCCUUCAAUGGAGGUAAGCCGUUUUCUUUAGAGAAGGACCCGAUAACCGGUAAGAUCGACUUCGAGAAAGCACCACUCGUCAGAGCUCUCAAUUAUACCGGGCGUUAUCAUCAAGAGAAUGCUGACGGCGUGGAAGAUACGGCGAAGAUAAACGACGAUGAUGUCAGCCCAAAUGAGAUCAAUACAUAUACGGUGAAUUUUCACGAUUUCUUAAACUUGCCCAUCAAUUAUUCCUCGGACAGAUACAUCGGUAAUGACAAGUAUCCGUUAAUCUCAAAUUCGUAUGCGAAUACAAAGGUACAAAGUGGCGGCAACAGUUACAACACGUACAAUCAUAGACCUUAUCACGUUGACACACAUCCUGCUGGGAAUCCUUACGUAUCGAUGAAAAGCAAAACUGAUCUCAAAGCGAAAUUGUCGACUGUUGCGAUUAUACUUUCCACGACUAAAGCACCUGCCGUGACCACGUGGAAACCAUCUACCACUCCAACAGCGCUUCGUUCCAUCAUCGAUCGCACUAUCGCAGAGGAGAAUGAAAAGGUGGAGGAGAGUAUGUCGCAAUUGGGAGCAGACAAGAGCAACAUUCCGAACGAAACUAUUGUUCGCUACAAAAAUCAACCGACUCUGAAUAAUUUCGUAUUACCUCAUCAAGUGGAAACAAGGCCGCAACACGAAGAAUAUCAAGAUUCUUACGACAUUGACGAAGAUGAGGAAGCCGAGGAGGAGGAGGAAGUAGAGGAUUACACUUUGUCGCUUCAGGAGAGAAAGAAUCACCUUACACCAUCCAACGCAACUAUCGUCGAUGCGACAACAACGGUAAGUACCGACGGUACCGAUAACGUGGUGGUUGUUGGAACCACGGAAGGUACAACCGUUACAACGGCACCUUCUUCCACGCAGCGUACGUUUCAAGAAGAUCUACUCGCGAGCAACUCACUGGAAUCCUCAAUAACGAAGUCGCCAGUCAAGGAAGUUUUAAACAGUGGGCAAAGCAUUACGGAGCGCUACGAUUCGAAUACAAGAUCGACAAUCAAGUCGGGACAAGACGGCGCGGAAGUCGUGAGCACGAGCAAUAUCGUCAUUCCGCCGGAUCAAGACACCGUGUCUUUCGUUUUAGGAAAUCGUCAGAAUGUUGACGGUGGUUAUUAUUCGAUAGGGACUGCCACUGGAGAGAAUCCUUACGGCAGCAGUUCAUCGGAUAUCGAGACUCUUCGCACUAAUCCGCCGCACAGUCCUAUAAAAGAAAUGAAGUACCACGCUUCCGUGGCGGAUCGCCUCCCUAUGCAGAAAUGGUGGCUGCCCGGUCCCCUGCAAAGUUCCUUCGCUGCAACGAUUGACACGAAUAAUGGGAAAGACGCGAUAAUGGAGGAACAUAUCGACGGCGAGUCGCCGACAACGAAUCUCCCCACUGCUGAUGGAGACUUACCGCAGCUCGCGGAAAAUCUGAUGCCACCUGCUCCGGAAAGCUCCGGCAGACCGCCGUACCACUAUCAUUAUCACUACGAUACGUUGCGAACGGAGGUGACACGGUUACCACCGCGCAUUCACAAGCCACACUCGGGAUCUCCGUUGGAUGUCGCGGGACCGAGGAGACGUCCGUAUUCACCGGACGCAAAGUUACCGAACAUCUUGCCCCAAUUUCGUCCUAACGCAAAGGCAUCCCACGGUCAUCGCUUCGGCUCGGAUGUAAUAGGAACGAUGCCAGCUGGCUUGUCUCAGACCAGAAUCAGACAAAAUCACCCGUCGUCACGGAGGCCCUUUCCCCCGCCGCCCUCGUAUCUUCAGCGUCUAAAUCCUCCACCGCCGCCGAUCCAUGCAGUCAGGCUAAAAGUGGAUGCUUCGACUCACGAAACCGAACCGACGAUACGAAAGUUUCGCCCACCGCACUAUCCGGUUUUGCGCGGAAGCACGGAAGGAAGUGCCAACAAAUCGAUCGAUCGUUCAACCGAGCAGAAUGAGCAGCGAAACGAGAGCGGCAAGACGCCUCGAGGUAAAAGCGAAGUCGCGGACGAAAGCUCGGAAAAUCUUUACCCGGAGGAACCGCCACCGAGGCCGCCUCUGUUCCCCAAGCGUAGAACGGCAGAUCCUCUGCACGUUACAACUUUGCAAAUGAUGAUACAACACCAUGGUGAAAACGAAGCUAAACUUGUGCAACCUGUCGUACAAGCGGAACGUAGAAAGUCGUCGGAUAUCGACGAUUCGUUGGAGAUGGCCGAACAACCUGUGUACGUUGUAUACCCGGUCAAUACCGCGGUUAACAUACACAAUCCGGACGAUUCGAAAGAAAAGGACGGAAGUGUCGUCGUAGGUACGCGAGGGCCGCACCGGCCCUUACCACCCGAUACUCUGCUCCAGGACGAGAAAAUCCAUACAGUUUACAAUGGUAGACCCGCCGUGGACUUUCCGUAUCCGUUGGAGCGUCCCGAUCCGCUGUUUCCCGGCACGAAAGAAACGCCUCUGUUGGUACCCAGCGAUCAACGACAGCAAAUAAUUACCGCUCCCGAUCGAAACGAGCAGGACGCGAUAAAUGUUAUUCCGUACUUGCAAGACUUUCUUCCGUUUCAGAAGAAGAACGACGCGGCUAUUUCCGUGACGCUGCAUCGCACAGCGUCGAUUACGACACCGUCGUCAACAUCCGAAACGCCGAUCGCUUACGUUUACACGCCGACGUAUCCUACUCAUCUCGACGACGGUGCAGCAACGAACAUCGACGGCAUACGAACGGCAACGGUGUUGCUACCCUCUCAGCAACCGUCCAGCUCUUCCAGUUCGGCACCAGCGCCGCAACACUUUAUGGCUCCUUUCGUCGCUAGUAUAAGCGCCGAGACACCUAGCAAAAAUGGCUGGAGCGUCGUCGUAGUCGAUCCUUCGGAAGAAGCGGCGGCGGACAAGAAACUAGAUAGUGACGACGAUGCGAAAAAACUUGUCAGCCCGGAGAUGGAUAAUACUGAGAAAAACGACUUCGACGUCGAUAAUUUCAAGCCGCAACUCUUUGGCGGAUUUAAGCCAAUUUAUGAAUUUCCCACGGAAGAUGUCACGGGAGAGACCAGUCCAGGUGACGAUAAGAAUAUCGAGGCGGAUACGUCGAGGCAUUCCAAGGGGUUCCGCCUGUGACCGCUGAGAUAUUCAAGAUCGAACGUUUUCAUUAUUCUUCUCGUGCAAACUUGAACGAUAACGAAAGCGCAAUAUAUAUGUAUAGCAUAGCGGAGAGGGCGAGAAUAUUUCUGCACGUUGCCUAACGAAAUGACAUAUCAUCGUGACAGAGUUGACUCAAACAAAUAAAAGACUGUACCGUCCAUUUCUAUUUUAGAAGUGCUCAAAGAUAAUUUUCGAAAGGUCAAUCGUUAAGAUAAUCGCGUCAAAUCAUCUCUUUAUCUACUUCCGUCCAAGGGGUAUUUUGGACAUUAUCCCGCCAAAUCAUUCUUCACAGUUGCCAACACUACAUUAACCGGGAAAGGACGAGAAAAUAUUAUGAAUCAAAUAAGCUUUUCGGAUUUCUCAAAGGAAAGUUAUCUUUGAGCAAUAUUACUACUAACUUUUUCCUAAAUAUUCCAUUUAUUAUAUCGCGAAGAAUGUUGUGUGCGUUAUGAACUGAUGUAUAAUUUAUUGUAAUUAUUAAUUAAACCAUUAAUUAAAUUAAAUUAUUAUUAUCCGUUAAGGCCUGCCUCACAGUUAGUAGUGUUCAACUGUAUCGAUGUAGCCAAGAAAGAAUAAAUCGUAUCGACGUACAUGCGAUACGCUGGAGAAAUGUAAUAAUACUGUUAUAUAUAUAUGCACAUCACACACA